AUGUCGAUGGAUCUCGACUCGAACGCUCCGGGUGCUCCGCCCUCCACCGCCACCGCCAACGUAGGUCUCAACUCACUCGGUCUUGAAGGGAUAGUCCCGUCGAACCCACCUGCCUUCUUCAUCCCACAGGGCGGCAUGACCUCGAGCGACUACUACUCGGACUCGUACGCCCAUUUCGGCAUCCACGAAGAGAUGCUCAAGGACGAGGUCAGGACCUUGAACUACCGCAACUCGAUGACCCAGAACAAGCACCUCUUCAAGUCCGUCUCGGCUUCCUCCGACAUGCGUAUUGAUCUGUUCGCUGAUCAAAACUCGUACUUUGCCCCCUCCCCCCCUACAGGGGCAAGGUCGUGCUGGACGUCGGGUGUGGAACCGGUAUCCUGUGCAUGUUUGCCGCCCAGGCCGGGGCCAAGAAGGUUAUCGGUGUCGACAUGUCCAACAUCAUCGACCAGGCACAAAAGAUCGUCGCCGCCAACGGCUUUUCCGAUAGUCAGUAUUCGGACGCUUCAUCUUGAAGAACCAUCUUUUCCCCUGACCGUUCUUUUUCAAAACACCCACCCGCGGCGCGCAGCCAUCACCCUUAUCAAGGGCAAGAUGGAAGAAGUCGUACUCCCCGUUGACAAAGUCGACAUCAUCAUCUCCGAAUGGAUGGGUUACUUCCUUCUGUACGAAUCCAUGUUUGAUUCGGUCCUCUACGCCCGCGACCGAUACCUCAACCCGGGAGGAUUGAUGUUCCCUGACGAGGCGACCAUGUAUCUGGCGGGUAUCGAGGACCAGGAUUACAAGGAAGAAAAGAUUGGCUGUCAGUUUUGGGGGGUUCAUCCAGCAGAAGGACGAGUCUGACGCUUCUAAUCUGCUUCUGCGUAGUCUGGGACGACGUCUACGGCUUCGACUACUCCUGCAUCAAGGAGAUCGCCCUCAAGGAACCUCUGGUCGAUACCGUCGACCUCAAAGCUGUCGUCACCAAACCGUGCAAGAUCGCCACCUUCGACCUAUUGAAGAUCACCAAGGACGACCUCAAGUUCGUCGCGCCGUUCGAAUUGGUCGCGACAAGGAACGAUUACAUUCAUGCCAUUUUGGGCUGGUUCGACGUCGCUUUCAAGGCGUGCCAUACCAAAAUUGGCUUCUCGACCGGUCCGCAUGCGCGGUACACCCAUUGGAAACGUGAGUUGGUCCCCUUCCCAUCACCAAUGGUCGUACAUGCCAAAACUGAAAUCUCCGUAUUUCACUCCUGUUAGAAACCGUGCUCUACCUCGGGCAAACUCUGACCGUACGCGAAGACGAUGCCGUCAAGGGAACGAUCUCGAUCGCGCCCAACGCCAAGAACCCUCGCGACCUCGACAUCGCCGUCGAUUACAGAUUGGACAACGCUCAUCCCGCUUCCGAAACAAGGGAAUACAGGAUGUGAGCCAAUUCACGUCAAGGUUGGCUUGUCGAAAGGAGCGCGCGUGCUGACUUUGAGGUUUUUUGUUGGGAUUCGCAGGGCAUGA